GAUGUGAUACAGCCUGGAUUCGAACCAGGGACUGUAGACUGAGAUGCAGUGCCUUAGACCACAGUGCCGCACAUAAACAUAUUACCACUUAACUACACUAUUAAGCCCACUUAAAGCUGUGACAUACUGCAGUGUAUCACAGUUAUUUUCAACCACAAUAAGGCUGGAGUAAGGAUAGAGAUCCCCCCUGCUAUGAUGGGGUUGCAGAGGAAGAGAGUGUGGGACCAAAAGUGUUACUAUGACCAGAAACAGCCAGGCCAUGGCUAACAUGGGUACACUGACCCCAAAAAAGAAAGCCCUUAACCAUAAGUGAGUACACUGUGGCCAUACCCAUAAGGGAGGGGGAUACAGGAACUAACCCCUCCACUUGAUUCUGGGCAGAUGCACCAAACAGUACCAGCCCCAAGGUUGUGUACAACACCCCUGUGUUGAUAGAGAGCAGCUGAAACAUGAGGAGGAACCAAACGGUGCCCACAGUCUUCUCAAUCCCACCACAGAGGAGCACCAGAACCCCAAUGCUGAGGAGUAUCUGGGUCUCUGUCUGGUGGUGGAAGGAGUAUGUGAUGAGCUUGUGUACCGCAAAGGAAGAGGAGGGGAUUAAACGGAUAUUAUCGGGUGGACAGACAUCAGCGGCAUUGAUGUGUUGUGCUCUAGCUUGCUGCUGUAGCCUAAUGGCACACUCUGUUACGUCAUUAACGUUAGCUACACGUUGUUGCACGCUAGAUAACGUUACAACAGACCCAUUCAAAGUGGCUAGCUAGCUACUGAGCAUGAUUCUUGAGUCACUCAACCCCUCCUUGCUAAGGUACCAAAACUGUAGUUCCAAGACUUUAGACAUCUUCUGAUAAACCGGAAAUUGACUCUGCCGCACGAGCAUGCUUUUGCGGCACAGUCGAUAGCGCGCCGGACCUCGGGCUAGAAGGUCGGAGGGUUCGAGACCUGCUCCCUGUCUGUUUCAUUACAAUACUAUAAUGACAGCAACAAUGCCACUUGUUAGCCUGAACUCAGGAGUAAAACUCUUGAACCUCUGAACCACAUCUUUCUAUUCGGGUGAUCAUGUUGAUGCUCAGUGCAUACUUGUCAAACUACUAGAGGAUAAUCAAGCACAAUACAAAAUGUCAGUAACGACACUUUUCCUCCAAUAUUGCACAACACUUUAGCCAAGACUUGAGAAGCUAGCUUGCUAAACCAAAACAAAUGUACUGAACUUCCGCAUUUGGAUUAAUCACUUUCACAACCACAAAGAUACUGUUGCGCAGAUCAUGAAGUGCGUUAAAGGCAGUGCUGCAUUUAAAGACACUUCCUUCCACCUGCUGGCUUGUGCCUGAAAUGUGAUGACCAAGGAGUCCUCAACAGCUCAUAAAGAAAGAUGGAUCGUAAUGAUGAGAGAAUCAAAAGAGCUUUAAGACGCCGUCCUUAUGUGUUGAAACCAGUGAGGGUGAACACCCCUGAUUCCGUGUUGUGGCCAACCAGCAAGGUGCACAGAAGGUCAAAGCCUUCUAAUUCAGUGCAGACCCCUCAGAUCCACAAAAGGCCUCCAAUCAUUGUGAGCUAUGGGCAGGACCAGACAUCUGGGGAUGGAUGGAGCAUCAAUCCAGAGCCUCUCAGCCAGUCUGGAAGGGUGACUCGGCUGAUAGAGAGAAAAUAUCACGACGUGAUCUCAUCCUCCAGUUCUGAUGACUUUUCCAUCUACUCCUUCACUGACUGUGAAUCUGAGUGUGAUGAUGAGGAUCAUGAAAGGAGGACACCAAAGCUGAAAGUUGAGAAUGGAAAGGUGACAAUGCUUGAUGUGAGGGAUAUGGACGAGGAUGAUGAUCUGUCUCUCCACUCCUUCGAUGAGUCAGACUUCCUGAGCCCAGGGAAGGUCUCAGGUCCUGUAUCUGUCAAGAAUGGCCUCUCUCCUCUUGUAACCUCAGCACACCGGACACUGGCUGAAGCCCUACGGGCCCUGCCCUCUGCUGUAGGCUCUCCCUACCCAGUAAAUGUUCCAAGGCCUCGGACUCCUCUCAACCCUGUCAUUAUCGCUCCGCCCCGAACAGAGAACUUCCCAUACCGCCACAGCCCUCGCCUGGCUCCCAUCACCAACCUGAGCGAGACCGGCAGGAAGCUGCUCCAGGAAAUGGCUGGAGUGGCCCCACAGGAAGGGAAGGUCAAUAAGAAAAAGAAGGGCAAGGCCAAAAAAGAAUUGAAGCAAGAGAAGGCCAGUGAGACGAAACAGAUGGGAAAUGUUGGAGAAAGUAAGGAGGAAGACAAGAAAGAGGAAAAGAAGAGUCUGAGGAAGAGGUUUCUUCAGUGGCUGCUGCCCAAACUGAGAUGUUCUAAGACAUAAUGGCCAACUAUUACUUCUACCACACACACACACACACACACACACACAGAUGUUGAGUAUUGGUUAUUCCUACAACACACACAAACGUAAUUUCAGAGACAGGAACUAUGAUUAGCAAAAUACAUAUAUUGGUCUCAUUCUUAUAUUUUGAGACAUGCAGCAUUAUUAUUUUUUUUAAAUGAUAUUGAUCCCCAUACAGCCUAUGAUAAUGAGUUGGAUUUACAUGCUUAAUCUUGGAAAUAUAGCCAGGAGAAGCAGAGUCAACACCUCUACUCAUGCCAUAAGUGCCAUGACAUAUUUAGUAACCACAGAGAGAUAAGACCUCUGUCUCCACAGUCUCAUGCAAAGGACAUCACCAACCUUAGGGCAGAGUCACUGGUAUUGGGGUCUUCGGUCUCCUUUGGCCAAAGUGAAGAGUUGAGGGCCCCUUACUGGUCUCCUUGCAAUAUCUGGUCUCCCACACAGAGAUGGAACUCUACACCGGUUUAGACCUGGGAGGAUAUGGCUUCAGAUGAAAGACAGCAGAGAGAUGCAGGCGGUAAAAGCUUCAAACACUGUGAUAUGCAAAUUCAGGACCAUUGUACACUGAAGUGGAGCAUGCAUCUGGUCUGAAGCAUGUCAAAAGAGUAGAAAUGAACUGGGACUGGAGGAAUACAUCACAUUUAAACUAAAUUAGCAUGUAUCUGAUUUAACUACACUCAUCUGGACGUGAAUGGGGCUGUUUGAAAUGUGCAUUUCCAAUAAAGCUUUUUAAAUUGCA